AUGCAUGUCUUCGAAGGAUUUGUUUUGGGUUUACUUUUGUUUUCUGGUGGUGGGUUUGGUUCUCAAGGACUCAAUGCUUGUAUAAAGCCUCGUUCUUUUGGUUCUGGGAUGUUUCUUUCGGCUUAUCGAGACAAGUCUGGGACUUUGGAUGUCAUUGAGGAAAAGAUUGCAAGAGCGACUAUGAUUCCCAGGACCCAUGGAGAGGCAUUCAACGUCUUGCGUUAUGAGAUUGGGCAGAAGUAUAAUUCUCAUUAUGAUGCAUUCCACCCGGAGGAAUAUGGUCCACAGACAAGCCAAAGGGUUGUAUCAUUCCUGUUGUAUUUAACUGAUGUUGAAGAAGGUGGGGAAACAAUGUUUCCAUACGAGAGUGGCUUGAACCUGGAUGGAAAACAUGAUUCUCAGGAAUGUAUGGGUUUGAGAGUGAAGCCGCGCAGAGGAGAUGGCCUUCUGUUUUAUUCAUUGUUCCCUAACGGUUCCAUUGAUCCGGUUAGUCUUUCAUCCCAUCAUUGUCAUUCUGUGAAACAUGGAAUUAUAGAGAUCAUAUGUCGAUAAGGGUUUUAUCACAUUUUAGUUACUCGCCAUUACUGAUAUUGCAUAAUGGUUG